AUCCAUCUCAAACCAGACCGGAGAUCUGACACCAAACGCGUCUGCCACGUUCUUCAGGCCUGAAACUCGGCUUAUCAUCUAUCAGCUGAGCAGCCUCAUGCAGCACACUGUGAACGCUUCAAUGCGAGUCUCAACUCUGCCAUGGAUGAAGUAUGCUCACGCGAUCGGGCUGGAGCAGGUCGCCAGAGCAGGAGCUAGGUUUCAGAAAGAGCUUGCGGAAGUCCUUGACAAUGCCCGCCGACAGUGGAAAAAGAACGCUUAUUUGACCGUUUUAUGGACCUGACUGUCGGCGGGGUAUCCUGUCUUUGGCACCACGAGUGACUAACGCUGGAGAUGGCUGUACACGCGCAUUCGUCGAGCGCACUUCCGUCCAUGAAGCUGCAGACGAGCCUAAUGACGACGUCUACACGCUUCUAUGAACGCCUUGGGUCUAUGCCCUCUAAUCCAGCGGAUCCAGAGAGCGUAGCAGAGCUCGUCGUUGUCGCAUUGGGCGCAUUUGAGCGCUAUUAUGUCUGCUGGAGGAAUCAAGCAGGCCAUUAUCGACAAGAUAGCUACGGACUCCCAGAUUCAUUACACCGAUGGCUUUUUCCUCCAGACGGCGGGACUCGACAUCUCCAGACUCUUCAGAUUGUCUUUGGCUGUGGAGAUGAGUUCUUCGCCUCAGAUAAGUACGGCAAACUCGAGAACAAGGACACGAAUCUGCGGGAGAAGAUACCUAGCGCCGAGAGUCCAGUUGAGAAGACCGAAAGACCUCUUUUGAGAAGAUCGAGAACCCUUUCGCUUGUUCGUCCAUCCUCUGAUCCUCUUAUCAGCCCCUUCAGCCCGAUACUAGAAACCCCUAGAGGCUAUUCGAGCCCUGCUUCAAGGAGAAGACCACAAAGCUUUGCCUAUACAGCUGGAACUCUACCAUGGGAACGAAUGAAGCCAGCAAGAGAAGCCAAUCCUCGUUCUGAAAACACCGCGCCCAGAUUCUCCUACGUCAACGCAAGCGUACAGACGGACCCAGAGCCUACACAUUCGCUCCUUUCUCUGCGAGACGAUAACAGCGUCCCGUCUCUAGACUCAUCUCUGAGCAGCCGAUCAAGCGUAGCUGAUGGCAGGACACCCGUGGCCAUAGCCUCGCCAGCGCCGAAUCCUGUCGUUAUGGGUAGGAUGCUUGAUUACUUCAACGCUCCCAAGUAUCGACUCGGCGAUGCUUUGAGGUCGACAUACCAUCAUCAGCCGAUGACUCCCGAGCAUGGCCUUUAUGAGACUUGGAGAUCGGUCCUGGAUAGACGGAGAACAGUGUGAACAAAGAUUGAUGCAGUGCAGAUCAGGCUGGCUCUUAGCUGGCUAGCUAUCAGCUAGCUGCGCCACCCCUCAUAGCGGUGGCGGGCGAGCAAAGUCAUACCCCUAUGGGCUCUAUAGCAUCCCAACACGAUGUAAAGAUCGGCGCAGUGGGAAUCAGACUACCUCUUGGCUGCUGGACUACCAGCUAUUUGGGGUACUCCUAACAGUGGUGACAAGCGAGCAAAUCGAGCCAUCUUAGGAGAUGGAUCAACCUGCUUCUUCCUUUCUCCCCAAGAAUGGUUCGAAUCCGGGCCGUCAUGACCCAUGGACCGCAAUUCACCGCCACGGAAAAAAGUGGAU